AUGACCCCUCCGAACCUUGGGUCCUUACGGGGUCAGCAGCGCCACGGGGCUGUCUGUGGGUUAAGGGACACGCUCAGGGAUGGCGCAGAAGAAGGGCUCUCAGGGGCAGCUUUCCAGCCGCCGGAGCGGGAGGGGCCCUCCCAGGAGCCACUUCCGAAGCUGGGAAAGCCCAAGGAGGAGCCGGCAGCCAGCAUGUCCAGGUCGGGCACGCACUGCCAGCCCCCCGUGGGCCCGCAGCCGCCGCUGGGCACGGCCGAGGCCCCGAGCCGCCAGCGCCGCCACACGCUCCCCGCCAGCGAGUUUCGCUGCCUCACCCCAGAGGACGCCACCAGCGUGUUCGAGAUCGAGCGGGAAGCCUUCCUGUCCGUCUCGGGCGCCUGCCCCCUGUAUCUGGAUGAGAUCCGGCACUUCCUGACCCUGUGUCCCGAGCUGUCCCUGGGCUGGUUCGAGGAGGGCCGCCUCGUAGCCUUCGUCAUCGGCUCGCUGUGGGAUGAGGAGAGGCUCACUCAGGAGUCGCUGACGCUGCACCGGCCCGGGGGCCGCACGGCCCACCUGCACGUGCUGGCGGUGCACCGCGCCUCCCGGCAGCAGGGCAAGGGCCCCGUCCUGCUGUGGCGCUACCUGCACCGCCUGGGUGGCCAGCGCGCCGUGCGCCGGGCCGCGCUCAUGUGCGAGGCGGCGCUGGUGCCCUUCUACCAGCGGUGUGGCUUCCGGCCCGUCGGCCCCUGCGCGGCCAGCGCGGGCUCCCUGGCCUUCACCGAGCUCCACUGCUGCCUGCGGGGCCACGCGUCCCUGCGCAGGAACAGCGGCUGCUGAGC